UUACGACACUACCUUGUCGCAAACCGUCUUGAGGUUUAAGUAGUAUCUGAUUACAAAAUCAGUGCAACAAUGAUUCCUCUACUCCAAGUGUCGGUGUUAAUCAUAUUCCUACACUUUCAACUGUGCACCGCUCCUGGCAGCCAUGGUCUAGAGACUUGUGAACAUCACUGUAGUGAACAUGGACAUUGUGUGAAAGUGCAUGCUUCGACUUACAAGUGCCAAUGUCACCACGGAUGGGAAGGGACUGCCUGUUCGCACGAAAUUAUUGCUUCCGGUGCAUACUCUCUCUCUGAGUGCCAUGCAAAAUGCAGUAGCCAUGGACAUUGUGUACAUCAUCAUACUGGCCAUGGGUAUAUUUGUCAAUGUGACUCAGGAUGGCACGGCUCGCACUGUACACUGGAAAAUACAACGUCCACGUCACAACUUCAAGACCAUUGUCAAGGACACUGUGGUAGCCAUGGGAAGUGUGUACAAUAUAAUCUUCAUACUAGUCUCUUUGGUAUUUCUCAUACGUAUAGUUGUCAGUGUGAGGCAGGUUGGCAUGGAACUCACUGUACCAUGCAAUAUUCAUCAAGCGGCACAGUGCAGUGUCACAAUACGUACUGUGUACACGGAGUUUGCGAGCAUGGACAUUAUAGCUUCAGCUCUGAUCAUUGUAACUGUAAUCAUGGAUGGCAAGGUCGGCAUUGUGAUCAACAAAUAACAACAGCAAAACUAACAACAACAACAACAACCACCACCACAACAACAGCUAGACCUACUACUACUACCUCUUCUACUACAUCCACUGUAGCGCCGACCACACCACUGCCAACCACAAAAAUGCCGACCACAACAAACUCACCGACUACUUUUGCACCUUUGUCCAUCAUUUAUCGCUGCAACCACGCACAAACUAUUGUUGCCGUAGCCUACCAAACACAAGUUUCUCACCCGAAUGCUUCCAUGUGUGCCGAAGGACAACACACCUCCCACGAAGCGUUUGUUCUCACGGAAUGUGAUGUACCGCAAACUUCAAACACAUGGAAACAAGGAGUUAAUGUUAUGUCACGUUGUGCAAGCUCGAAUCCUUUACCUGACAAUACACCUAUAGCAAGCUUUGACCAUGGAAUUUAUUCUUCAGUUGGUAGUCUCUCUGGGGUAUUUCUAGGAUGUACAAGUGAUGGGUUCAAGAUUGCGUUCCAAACAUGUGGACAGUCACCUGAAAUAACCGAACUUCUGCAGGGUCAUCAUUUUAACCAAAAUCCUGUCAAUUAUUUUACAAUAUCUUAGAUAUCUGAAACGAAUAAGGUUGAAAUAAAAAAAAAACCGUAGCAAAAUUUA